GACGACAAAUACCAACUUCCGGUUGAUAACGAAGUGUGGCAUUUUAUUGUAAAAAGGCUAAAAUUAAUCAAAUAUCAAGAUAAUGUCUCAUACAAUUUUAUUAGUGCAGCCCCACCUGAGACCAGACACAAGAACAUACAGUGAUUAUGAGACAAUCAACGAGUGUUUGGAAGGUAUCUGUAAGAUCUUUGAGGAACAUCUGAAGAGGAUGAACCCAAACAUGUCAUCCAUCACGUACGACAUCAGUCAGCUGUUUGACUUUGUAGACCAACUGGCAGACCUCAGUUGUCUGGUGUUUUCCAAGCAGAUUGGGGCGUAUGUCCCACACAACAAGGACUGGAUCAAAGAGAAGAUCUACAACAUGCUACGCAAGCAGGCUGGGAAGUCAUGAUGAUCACGUUAAGUGAAAACAGUGUUUGAAAUUCGAGCCAACUGUCUGGACAAUUUGAUUCUCAACUCUGUGUGAUUACCGAUUCCUGACCCACUUCACCAGGGAACUCUGUGUGAAGUGCAUGUCAGCAGUCAAGACAUGUAAAUCCUGAUAUGACUUGAUAACUCAACUUCGUGUGAUUCAUUUCUAUCAGUUAUUAGUGAGACAAAGAAAAACUGCUUUCUGACAGGGCAAAGGUUCAUAUGUUGAAAUCAUGGAGUUCCGACAGAAGUUUUUUUUUUUCAGUUUACUAUUUGUUUUUAGUUGUUCCUUUUUAGUUGUGUUAAUCCAAAUGGAUAAUGGCCUGUCAACUAAAAUAUGUGGAUGAAUGGAGAUGAGGGUCUUGUAAGAGGUUUAGAAUUAUACCUUGUGAAAUGUCCACUUUAUUUUGCAUCAUAAUGUCACAAGGUAGUUGAUAUUAUGAUGGUGAGAAUAUCUUGGAUGUUUAUAUGGUAAAAGUAGUACAUAGUUGGACUCAGUAUAUUUUGGUUUUAUUUUCUUCUCUUUUUCAUCACUGUCAUCGACUAAUGUCACUAGUUUGUUAAAUUUUAUAGUGCUCAUAACAUUUCCGUAACAGAUCUUUUCACUGAUCUCCUUUUACAGUAAUGUUAUCUUUAAUAACAGUAACUACUGUGUUUCAAAGAUAUAUGAAUUCGACAGUACCUUUGUUUAUCAGUUUCACAUGCUAAAUUUUUUAGUUCAACUACAAGGCAUUUUUAGAUAUUUAGUUGAGUUCCUUACAGGACAUUUAUUCAGUUACUUAAGUAUUAUUAAUAUUUGGAAUAUUUUCUAUUGGUUUCUCAUUGAGUCAAGGCAGGGUUUGUUUGUAGUUGUUAGAUGUAAAUAGAUAUCACCACAUGGGUAAAUGGUAGUGAUCUGUGCCCCAUUCCACGAAGCGAUCUUAAUAAGCUCACUGUACGGUAGAAGACAGGUUACACUAAUGUGUUGUAAAAUUGAUAAAAGUGAAAUAUUUUAAAUGCAGUUAAAUUUAUCCCCACAGGCUGGAAAUGUAAUGAUUAUUAAUGCUAAUUCUUACAAUGUAUUUUAGUAACUAAGAAAGCCGUCUGAAUGUCCUAUUGAGUGUUGAGUGAAAUCUUUAUAGCCCCUUUUAAAAUAUCAUUAUUUCAUAUUACAUAGCAACAGCAACUGUUGUCGUAUUACUGUGAAAUAAUUUAUUUUCAGUCUUAAAUGUUCAUGUCAUUUGCUUUAAAAAAACAUUUCAUUGGGUACUUAAAUUCGUGGAUUGAAAAGUUAAUAACAUGAAUUCAUAUUACAUGUAUUUCUGUUAUGUUAUAUCCGUUGAUUUCACAACAGCCAAAAUCGAGAUGUUUCAUAUUACAGCAUAUUUUAAAAUAUUUUAGAAUUGAUAUGACAUUAGACUUUAAAAUGACAAACUUUACGUUUUGAUUGGAUGUCAAAAAUUAAUAGUAAUUUGGUGAAUUUGAUCAGAAAAUCUUUAGCCAAAUUCAACUAACAUUUAGCCAAACAGAAUUAUUUUUUAAAAUAGCUAUACACAUACAAACAACAGAUUUCAAAUGAGAUUUUUUGGCGAAUUUGUAAUGACAUUAAAUAUAUGAUAUAUUUGCGAAAUAGAACUUUAAAUCGCAUUUGGCGAACAACAGUUUCAACCCUGUGCAGCUAAAGCAGUUUCCUGCUCAGUGUAUUCUGUACAUUAGACAUGUUAACCAUUCAAGGUAGUGUAUUGAUGUGACAAGUUGGCACAGGUUGUAUUUUGUGUUUUUAAUGAUACAUGAAUUUUUAAAAUGCCCUCUAGAAUAUAUCAGUUUGAAAGAAUGCACACACAUUUAAUUCUGACAUGGUGGUUAAUGUUGAUAUACAUAUUUCACAAUAAUUAAACAUUUGAUUUGGGUAUGUUUAACAGUAUUGCAGGCACUGCAGUGUUGACAGUAAACAAGGCUACCACAUUUUAGUUUGUUUUAGUGUCUUUGUGCCGUAUAGGACCAAUGGAUGUCAAAACAAUUAUUUUUUAAAUUUUUGGCAUCAGAGAAUUGUCUUUAUGAUUUGAUUGUCAAAUAAAUAUUCUGAAACCAG